AUGAGUGCUCUAUACUUUGAACCGAAGUUGCGAGACUUCGGAUUGGCUGACUAUGGAUGGCGAGGAUUCGGCGGUAUGUUAACGAACCAUGAGUCGGGAGAAAACAUACCACAGUAUAACCUUGCUGCGUAUUGGAAGAGACCAGUGGCACCCGUGAUCUCUGGUUUCGUUGAACCAAUUUUGCCACCCAGAUCGAUUAAGGUGAGUGUGUUUGCAUUAUCGCAUAGCGAUCAUCCUCGUGUUGUUUUUGCGUCUUCUGACUAUGAAGUGCGGACAUUGGACCUUCGCCUAGAUAGUGUUGCCAAUUCCACUGUCAUAUUUAGUGUACCCGAACUGUCCAAGAAGGGUGCACUGGAGAACGCAGCAUAUGUUCCUGAUCGACCAGUUGAUCGUCCUCAUAUUCAACACAUACGAUCUCUGCCGGAACGUCCACAUAACAUCUUCAUUAUAACUUCACAUUCUGCUUAUCUCUGCGAUGAUCGUUUUCCUAAAAAUCCUAUCCUCCAACUUCCUCACACCAUCCCAUACGGUUCUCAUGUGCUUCUCCCUACUUCGCCCGUAGCAGAUCCUCAAGGAAAUGGACACGUUGUUUCAGUUUACUUGCUCGAUCAUUUGCUCACAGAUAUCUCCGUUUCGAGACUGUAUAUUCACGAAAAUGAAAUAUGGUCAUCAAUUUUACCAAUUCACUCGGUAGGAAAUUGUUCUGAUAUUAACAAAACUAUGAGGUAUUCACUUUACAACAAAGAAAGAGUUGCUCGUUAUCCAGUAAUGGGGAUGGCCAUUGUGCAAGAAUACAAAGACGAUUAUGGACGACCGACCGAUUUCUUGCUAAGGGCGUUAAGUGAUGGGAGCAUCUGGUUCCAGUCUAUGCGUUAUGGCAAAAUUCAGAGCAAUGAAUUGAAAGAAAUGUGGUUGUUGAGUCGGAAAAGAGUGGAGCAUUUCUUCGAUAAAAUGACGAAGGAGGAACAAUAUGGCCAGAAACUACUUGACGAAGAACAUCGUCCAGAGUUUUCACUUUCUACUAAGCAUGAUGUAGCAUUCGAAGUGAAAGAACUUUCUUCGAAAUACAACAGUUGGGAUCCGUUGAGGAAGGAGAUGUAUAAGGAAUGUCAGGUUUUCGAACUGCUGCAAGCUUCACAUCCAGAAGCAGUUUUGCCUUCAAUCAUUAAUGGCGUAUGGAAAGACUCAAUGGAUAAAAUGGGGAAAUUCUGCGGCUUUCGAGGUUGUCUGGGAAUCGCGUUAGGUCAUACGGGUGCUUAUAUCACAUCAAAUCUGGCGCAGACAUACAGUGCUCUUCUGUGCCUUGCAAUUCUUGGUGAUGAUUUGAAAGGUGUAGAUAGGGCGGCCGUGCUUGAAGCGGUAAGGAAAUCCCAGAGAGAUGAUGGAAGCUUUUGGAGUGAGGGAUACGGCUCUGAAAGCGAUAUGCGAUUCGUUUUCUGCGCAGUUGCAAUAAGUCACAUUCUCCAAGAUUAUUCUUGUAUCAAAUGGUCAUUGCUAAAACGUUUCAUACGAGGUAGUUUGAAUUACGACGGAGGUAUUGGACAAAGCCCUGGAGACGAAAGUCAUGGUGGAUCCACCUUUUGCGCAAUAGCUUCACUAUCACUUGCUAACCACCUUUGGGACGGUUCAGUUUUAUCCAGAAGAGAUAUUAAACGUCUAGUAAAAUGGGCACUAUGGAAGCAAGAUGAAGGUUUUCAUGGUAGAGCUCAUAAAGCUGAUGAUAGUUGUUAUGCCUUUUGGAUAGGUGCCACAUUAGAGAUUUUAGAUGCGCAUCACUUGAUGGACAGGGAAAGACUGCGCUCCUUCCUUUUAGUUGCGCAGGAUCAAAAUUUAGGCGGAUUCUGCAAGAUUCCUGAAGAAUCGGGAUCACCAGAUCUUCUGCACACUUAUUUUUCACUAGCAGCAUUCUCAUUAUUGCAUGAACCUGGUCUUUCACCCAUCAAUGCGUCUCUAAAUGUAUCGAGGCAUGUUUAUGAGCGUAUUCACAGAUUAGUUGAGAAAUAA